AUGGUCUGCGGCCUCAGCCGAACCCAUGUCCAAGCUUUGCGGAAGACACUGACAUGCUAUGGACUUCUGGGGCGAGUGCCAUUCCACAAUCUCUUUCAUUUCGGCCAUUCAACGAAGUGUGCACAGCUUCAAUACUUGGCGUGCCGAUUAGAUGGCCUGGGAUCGCGUCAGCCCUACUAUCCGUUGUUAUAUUAA